CGGAUUUCUCGUGCUCUGAUUAGCAGCCGGCCUUCCCACCCACUCCCUGACUAUUGGCGGAUGAGCCUGUCACGUGGCCGCCCUUAGCAACGCACCGGGGCUUCCUUAGCAACCGGUGGCGGGGCACAGGCUGAUACCAUCUAAAAAUGAGUCACUUGUAUGAGAACAUCGAGCCGAACGUUAUUGAUGAUGAACUGGUUCAGAAAGUUCUUGAAGAGGAGCGCACUGAAGACAUAGAAAAGAUUGUCAGAAAGGAAGGCUUUAACUUAAAGGAUGUGAAGGAGCUACAGCUUAGUUUUAGAAAUAUCCUGCAGACUGCUAAUCUGUGGCAGUUUGAGAAUCUGACUAAGCUGCAGCUGGACAACAACAUCAUUGAGAAGAUAGAAGGCCUGGAGAGUCUGGUUCACCUUGUAUGGCUCGACUUGUCCUUCAACAACAUUGAAGUAAUCGAGGGCCUGGAUACCCUUGUCAAACUGCAGGACCUCAGUCUCUACAAUAACAGGAUAUCUAAGAUCGAGAACCUGGACGCAUUGCAAGAGCUGCAGAUCUUCUCCAUAGGAAAGAAUAACCUGACCACUCUGGAAGAUGUGGUCUAUUUCAGGAGGUUUAAACGCUUACGGACACUGAACCUCGCUGGGAACCCUCUCUGCGAUGACAAGCGGUACCUGCUCUAUGUUGUUGCUUAUAUUCCCAACCUGGUGUAUUUGGACUUCAAGCUCGUGAGAGACUCCACACGAGAAGAGGCAGUUUUACAGUAUCAGUAUCAUAUUGAGCUAUUGGAACAGGAGGAGGCCAAGGCCCUGGCUCAGCUGGAGGACAAACAGGCAAAGCAGAAGGAGCUGGAGUGCCACAAGACAGCCUUUGUUGAGUACCUGAAUGGAUCAUUCCUGUUUGACAGUAUGUUUGCAGAGGAUACAGAAGCUGCCAAACUGGCUUGCCUCCCUGGAGUGGAUGACCUGCUGCAGGCGUACAGGGAGGAGUUUGUCUCAGUUUGUGAGAGCCUUUUUAACUAUGGGCUGAAGGAGCAUGAAAACCGAGAAGCUGAAGUCUCCCAUUUCUAUGAAUACCUUAAUGAAGUGUUAACAGCCAACCAGCAAGAAGGCAGGAAAAGAAUCCUAGAGUUUGAAAAGCAGAGCAAAAAGAGGCUGGAGGAGAUUCAUAAUGCCAGUAGUUAUGAUAUUGCUGAGUCGAAACGAGCCCGGUACAGGGAGGACAUCCUUCAGCUCUCUGAAGCACUCAUGGGCUUGGAAAUACUGAUAACUGACCAGCUGGAGGAAAUACUAGAGGAAUUUAAGAGAAACAUUGCUGCUGUAGCAUCAACAUUCACUGAAAACGUGAAAGGGAUGAUGAACCAGUGCCGGGACCUGGAAAACCAUCACCAUGAAAAGCUGCUGGAGAUCUCCAUCACCACACUGGAGAAAUCACUCAAGAAUGAGCUCGACGUGGAUUUGCCAGCUGCUGUUCAAACGCUUCUGGUGGACAAAAACACCAUUGUCAACGCCGUCAACGCAUCCCAUGGCACCCGCCUGCGGAGCAUUGAUAAGCGAGAGAGCGACAUCCUCAGCAACAUCGACCAGUGGCAGAACUCUGUGACAGAGAAGGCUUUCCAAAACGAGAUCGACAGGAAUCGCAACCGGGUCAAAGAGAUCAUUCUCUUCAUUGAGAAUCUCCAGGAGGAGUUGGAUAGCAUCAAGAUCCCGGAGCCCACGGAAUAGGUCUGCCAUGGGUUGAGGGGUUGCUUUAGCUGGGGGCACACAGGACAGCCCCCAACAGCAGCACACACACAGCCAGGGAUGCUGCCUGGGACAUUUCUUCUUCCACCCCAGCAUAAACUGCAAAUAAAAGGUACUUCUUGACUCUGGAAAA